GCAAGGCGAAAUCAAUCGGAUGGAGUGCAUCAAUAUGAAUUGCGCUCAUGAUAUGGGAGAAGCUAUAGUCGCAGAUGUCACUCCUCAUGAUGGUAUCUUGAGAGAUGAUAAGCAAACCCAUGAGCGUCACGGCCAAAAGCUCUUAGUAUACACACUUAAGGUCCCAAAUCCGUUCGCUGCCACGUUUCUGCGUAGACUCUUUAAAACAUUUGAGGAAGGCAAUGAGCUGGGAGCUAAAGUGUGUCACGAUAUCGACUCAGCAGAGCGCCGCGCACAAGCUGUAGAGCUUGCACGACGCUAUAAGAACACCAAGAUAAGUGGAGAGAUCAAGACCAUUGAAGAGACCAUAGAAAACGAUUUUUUGGAACCAGAGCUAAAGAUGAAUUCGUCAGAAGUUCAGAAAUUUGCGGAGUUGUUAUCACAGGAGUUGGCCACGUCUUUGAGUCGGCACAGAGAUAUCUGCAUUGUCUUUGUUUUAGGUGGCCCUGCUGUCGGCAAAGGCACCCAAUGUAAGCAGCUAGCCCGCAAGCAUGGUUUCCACCAUAUCUCUGUGGGAGAGCUACUCAACAACCCGUCUCCGUUUGCAGACUUUAUACUCGAAAGCAAGCGGGAGUACGUUAUCAUCCCAGCUCAACUAACAAUUUCCGAACACUAUUUCACAAUUUUGCUUGACUGCUCAGAGUUGGUGAUGACAGAACGAUCGAUUGCCAGAGCUGAGGUAGCGAAGAAGGCAGGAAGAGAGAGAGUUGAUGACAAUCCGAAAACGGUAGCAAGCCGUGUAAAGGGCUGGCGCAAGAAGAACGAACUUGUGGAGAUCCAUGUGAAGAAACAUGGGCCAUUCCAGGAGAUUCCAUCAGAUGGUUCGCAAGAUGAAGUCUGGUCUUCAUUCGAACUAGCGGUACUGGAGAAGAUCAGCAGAAAAGCCUAACCAGCCACAAGCAACGUUUUUUUAAGUAUAGCAUUUUGUAAGAGCUUAAAUGACGUGAACAUGCGUUCAAACUGAUUAUUCUGAUCAUGCACGUAUUUUAAUUGAGCCACAAUUACUACUUGGUGUCGAGUUGGUGUGAGAAAAACAGCCACCUCCAAGCACUAAGGUUAAGUCGCCAAGAAGUCUGCAAAGCAAGAUCGUAUCAAGCAAUUCCAGUCAGCGUGUUACCAUUAUAAUCUCACACGACAAUUGAGCCCACCAAAGUCCAUUUCUGUCUUUGGACCUUAGCAGUCGCUGCUCUAACCUGAGCUGAGCUCUGAUAUCACUAAAAUGUCCUAACAUGUAUGAUUCAAGGAAAAAUCCAAAUUCAAACUCAAAAG